CUCGAGCCGCCGCCGCGAGAGCAUCCUCCGCCCAGAGCCGCUCCCGCCGCCAGAGCCGCCCCCGUCGCCGCCGCCGCCGCCUCCACCGAGGGAAGGGAAGCGUAUCGUAUGUCCGCUAUCCAGAACCUCCAGCCCUUCGACCCCUUUGCGGAUGCAAGUAAGGGUGAUGACCUGCUCCCGGCCGGCACUGAGGACUACAUCCAUAUAAGGAUCCAGCAGCGCAACGGCAGGAAGACCCUCACCACAGUCCAGGGCAUCGCGGAUGACUACGAUAAAAAGAAACUGGUGAAGGCCUUCAAGAAGAAAUUUGCCUGCAAUGGUACUGUAAUUGAGCACCCCGAGUAUGGAGAAGUGAUUCAGUUGCAGGGUGACCAGCGCAAGAACAUCUGCCAGUUCCUAGUGGAGAUUGGACUGGCUAAAGACGACCAGCUGAAAGUCCACGGGUUUUAAGUGCCUGUGGGCCACUGGAGCUUUAUGCAAGAAGAUAUCCUUACCAUGAAAUUCCCACCUGUCCCUUGUCAUAAGUUUAAAACCAGCCGGUUUGUGUAAUGUAACGAUCUUGGGUCCACUGUUGAGUCUGGACUGUUGUAAUUGAUGAUGUAAUAAACUGACACGAGCCCAUGCUA